AUGGUUAGAGGUAAUAAGGAUGAGUCGCAGCAAGAUACAAAAGCUACCGUACUCAAUUGGGAGAGUAAAAUCAUUGCUCCAAUUGGAUCUCUCUCUCACAAAAUUACAGAUUUACUGGAUGUUAUUGGGAAUCUUAAAUUGUUGAAGGUGAUAAAUCUGGAUUGGAGUGAAAUAAGGCAGCUACCGAAGGCCAUUGGGAUGAUGAGGAAUCUUGAAAAGCUGCUUGCCAGAUGCUGUAGAAAUUUACACGGAGAAAUCCCAAGUGAAAUACCUGGAUUAUCCGUUUCGAGAAUCCUAAACUUAUCGAGUAGCGGUAUUAGUAGAUUGCCGACAACUAUUGAUCAGCUUACCCAUCUACAAGAACUUCAUUUGCAAUGUUGUGAUGAUCUUCAACAGUUGCCAAGGCUUCCCACGAGUUUAACUAAAUUGGACUUUAGAUCUUCGAUGCUGCAGACAGUUCCCGACCUUUCCAACAUGACCAAUUUAGUUGACCUGUCCAUUUCUGAUGGUACUGAUGGUAUUGACUUCGGCUCACGGGUGGAAAGAGGGCAAUUACAAGCUCAGAACAUAGACUGGGUUGUCAGGCUAACUAGACUGGAGAAGUUGGCACUGGUUCUUUCAGAUUCCAUACAACUAACUGAUCUGUGUCCCCUUUCCCGGCUCCAGCGUCUCAAAAUAUCUUGCUUUGACCCUGAUUCUCUGAUGCAAUACCCUUCCAGUCUCAAAAGUCUUACCCUUGUAGAUUUGAAGUCACCCACGAAAUGGUCAUCUCUUUCCUCCUUGAAGAAUUUGCACACUUUAAUGAUCCAAAGGUCUAGGCUUGAAAAGAUUCACUUUGAUGUACUUGGACAGCUAAAGAAUCUCCAGUCAUUGCAAGUGUCUCGUUGCAAGUUCCUUGAGAGGCUCUCUAAUCUAUCGCACUUGAAAGAGCUCAAGAUAUUGUGGGUGUCACAAUGCCCGAAGCUGACUGAAAUUCAAGGUUUUGAGGAAUUGGAGAUGUUGCAAUAUCUUGUCAUUUACGAAUGUUACGUGUGCAGAUCAUUGACUGAAAGAUACCAACGGCCAACUCUGGAUAGCACGGUGACGCUAUUAGAGUUGAGGAGUUUGAGAUUGCCUGGGAAGAAAUCAAUGCAGCGUUUUGGCUUUAAGGAUCAGUAG